AUGAAGAUUAUAUUAUUUUUUCUUUUUACUUUCAUAACAUAUGUUCUUUCUGGAACUUUUGGAUUUGCAGCAUUGAUGCCCCCUUAUAAUCUUUCAAAUCCAGAACUUGAAUUUAAAAAAGAUUUAGUAUCUGGAGCUUAUAGCUUUGAUGAACUUUUGAUCUUUCUUACGAACGGGAAUACUCAUUCUUGUUCAGAGCAUCUCUCAAAUGCAUGUAAGGAAUUAACAAGGGUAUACGGUGAUCUUUCCAGAGUUGGUGAUGCCGUAAAAAGUAUAUGUGAACAUCAGCAUGAAGCAUGCCAGAAAUUGCCUGAAGUCAAAAAAGAAUUAUGUGAAACAGAGGAUGUAACUUAUACUGAUGGGCUAGAAAAAACAUCGCCUCUGGAUUCGUAUCAAUGCUUGUAUUCUUAUACGAAAUGUCGUCUUAGGUCACGAGGAUGUUCUUAUGAAUACAUGAAAGAGUGCCGUACACUGUUGUACGCCUGCCAGCGUAGUUAUAAUGAAUAUAAACUUUAUACUCUCUUUACAAAUUUAAUUAGUGAUGAUUACUACUCAGAAUCUUUCCAAGAAAAAUUGAAGGUUUUAUGUCGUGAUCUAUUCAAUACAAGCGAUCUACUUGUACAGCUUUGUCUUAAUCCUGAUUUGUUAGUAUCAGAAUUAGGUAAAUUCGAUUUUCUUCGGAAAGAAGGAAGAGGAGGCUUUUUUUUAUAUCCAAAAAUGAGUGCAGGAGCUUUAUUAGAUACCCAGAAAUUGGAUGGCGGUUUAUUCUUACCAAGAACUGAUCCUUCAGUUAAUCCUGCAUAUUUUAUGGGUUAUUUGCUUGGUCAACAGGGCUUUACUAAAAUCAUGUUCGAUUGCAUGAAAAUAGGUCAUAAAUGUUUGGGUCUAGGCUUCUUUCCUCAAUCAGCUUACUUUUGUGACGCCAGGUCCGACGCUCAUUGGGAUGUUCCCUGUCUAAAAGCCUCGCUUCUGCUUUUGGACGAGGAAGUACCAAAUUUAGAAAACAAACUUCAUCGUGAAAUUUGGAAGGAACGAUAUCCCGAAAGUGUUUUUUGGACAGGCAUAAAUGUAGAUUUGUGUACACAAUUGUUAAGACCAUGUUCUUACCUAAAAAGACUUGAUCCAAAACUCUUCCGUUUAUGUACUCUUCUUGAAGGUCAUUGUGCACACGGCUUAGAAGUAGGAUCUUCUCUUAGUGUAUUUGAGCGCUACCUUCGCGGAAUUAAUUCAGGACAUGACUCUAAUAGUAGAUUUGAUCUAUGUCAAAAAGAAAUUCCUCAAGUAUGCACUAGUAUAUUAAACACAACUGUGGAUUUCCUCACUUUCUGUUUAAGACCAUUGCAUACAUGUCUUGCUUUAGAAGAACUUGUUCAACUCAGAUGCACUGAGAUUAAAAAGGAAAUGACUGAUACUGAUCCUACGGAACAACAAUGUACUGAUCAGUUGUUGGGAGCCAGCGUCUAUAGAGUUCAGUGCCCACUAAGCGAAGAAUAUCUCAAAUUUCUUACUACAUGUUAUACUAGUUAUCCUAAAAAUCAAUAUCUGAAAGAGCUUGCGGGUUCUAUAUUAAAAGAUUUGACUUCUCAAGAGGAUAAAUCCAGAAAACUAAAUGAUGGAUCCGGAAAACCAAAUGAUGAAGUAUUCGGAAAACCAAAUGAUGAAGUAUUCGGAAAACCAAAUGAUGAAGUAUCCGGAAAACCAAAUGAUGAAGAAUCCGGAAAACCAAAUGAUGAAGUAUUCGGAAAACCAAAUGAUGAAGUAUCCGGAAAACCAAAUGAUGAAGUAUUCGGAAGACCAAAUGAUGAAGUAUUCGGAAAACCAAAUGAUGAAGUAUCCGGAAAACCAAAUGAUGAAGUAUCCGGAAAACCAAAUGAUGAAGAAUCCGGAAAACCAAAUGAUGAAGUAUUCGGAAAACCAAAUGAUGAAGUAUUCGGAAAACCAAAUGAUGAAGUAUUCGGAAAACCAAAUGAUGAAGUAUCCGGAAAACCAAAUGAUGAAGAAUCCGGAAAACCAAAUGAUGAAGUAUUCGGAAAACCAAAUGAUGAAGUAUUCGGAAGACCAAAUGAUGAAGUAUUCGGAAAACCAAAUGAUGAAGUAUUCGGAAAACCAAAUGAUGAAGUAUUCGGAAAACCAAAUGAUGAAGUAUUCGGAAAACCAAAUGAUGAAGUAUUCGGAAAACCAAAUGAUGAAGAAUCCGGAAAACCAAAUGAUGAUGAUGGUGGUUUUUAA